AUGUUCCUCCAACGCACAGCCUUCGCCCUCGCCAGGCGCACCCCUACCCGGGCCAUCGCUGCUCGCCCUUUUUCCUCCUCCGUCAGCCGCUUCAACAAGAAGUAUGAGGUGAAACAGGAGGGCAAGAUCCUUCCUUUCGAAGAGAUCAAGACCGAAGACGACCUCAUCCCCCCGGGUGCUAAGGCCGGUACCGUCCCCAUCGAUAUCGAGCACGCCACCGGUCUCGAGCGUCUGGAACUUGUCGGAAAGAUGCAGGGCAUUGAUAUCUUCGACAUGAGACCCCUCGAUGCCUCCCGCAAGGGAACCCUUGAGGACCCCAUCAUUGUCCCCGGUGCCGGUGACGAGCAGUACGCUGGUUGCACUGGUUUCCCCGCCGACUCUCACCAGGUCAACUGGCUGACCGUCUCCCGUGACCGCCCCAUCGAGCGCUGCGGCGAGUGCGGCAACGUUGUCAAGCUCAACUACGUUGGCCCCUUGGAGGACCCCCACGCCCACGACCACGGCCACGAGCACGGUCACCCCCCUCACGAGGAGCCCAAGACCUUCGCCGACUUCGUCAAGCCUGAGUACUGGUACCGGUAA